AUCAUCACAGCUAGUUAUGUAUUGUUUACUGUUUGCAGUCGUGGCUGGUAUGGCAACUGAAGGAUCACAAUUUGACGCUCGUCAAUAUGAUAAUAAAAUGAACGAGUUACUUGAAUCUGAUGGGCAAGAUUUCUUCACAUCAUAUGAUGAGGUUCACGAGAGUUUUGAUGCAAUGGGACUGCAGGAGAAUCUUCUUAGGGGCAUAUAUGCAUAUGGUUUUGAGAAGCCUUCUGCAAUUCAGCAAAGGGGGAUUGUACCAUUCUGCAAGGGGCUUGAUGUAAUUCAACAAGCACAGUCUGGGACUGGAAAAACGGCAACUUUUUGCUCAGGAAUUCUGCAGCAGCUUGAUUACAGCUUAGUUGAAUGCCAGGCAUUGGUCCUUGCACCAACUCGAGAGCUGGCACAACAGAUUGAGAAGGUUAUGCGAGCCCUAGGUGACUACCUUGGUGUGAAGGUUCACGCUUGUGUUGGUGGAACUAGUGUUCGUGAAGAUCAACGUAUUCUUUCUAGUGGGGUUCAUGUUGUGGUUGGUACCCCAGGCCGUGUGUUUGACAUGCUGAGAAGGCAAUCUCUCCGCCCUGAUAACAUUAGGAUGUUUGUGUUGGAUGAAGCAGAUGAAAUGCUCUCACGAGGUUUCAAGGAUCAGAUCUAUGAUAUAUUUCAGUUGCUGCCAGCAAAGAUUCAGGUUGGGGUUUUCUCGGCCACAAUGCCACCUGAGGCCCUUGAGAUCACCAGGAAAUUCAUGAACAAACCGGUGAGGAUUUUGGUUAAACGUGAUGAGCUUACCCUUGAGGGUAUCAAACAGUUUUAUGUCAAUUGUGAGAAGGAGGAAUGGAAGCUUGAGACAUUAUGUGAUCUAUACGAGACUUUAGCAAUCACCCAAAGUGUCAUCUUUGUGAACACUAGGCGUAAGGUAGAUUGGCUCACAGACAAAAUGCGCGGCCGCGAUCAUACAGUCUCUGCCACCCAUGGAGACAUGGACCAAAACACUAGAGACAUCAUUAUGAGGGAAUUCCGGUCUGGUUCUUCUCGUGUGCUCAUUACUACUGAUCUUCUUGCCCGUGGUAUUGAUGUCCAGCAAGUCUCUCUUGUGAUCAAUUAUGAUCUUCCGACACAGCCGGAGAACUAUCUUCAUCGAAUUGGUCGUAGUGGACGAUUUGGGAGAAAGGGUGUUGCAAUCAACUUUAUUACCAGGGAUGAUGAGAGGAUGCUGUUUGACAUACAAAAGUUCUAUAAUGUAGUGAUUGAGGAGCUGCCAGCUAAUGUUGCUGAUCUUCUUUGAUGCUGUUUCGUGUUGGCAAAGGUAAAUGGUUUGAAGUCUAGUCAUGAUGGUUAUUUUCGUUCUUUUUUUCUCUGGGGCCUUUUCAUAAAUACCAUGUAGUUGAGGAACUUGGGUCUUAUGCAUUUGCAAUUGGACUACCAUUGCCAUUGGGGCUAGAGGUCAGUUAUUUUAAAUUUUAUUGCAUCUGUUGUAGUUCGUAUGAAAUUAUGUUGUUCUACACUUAUUUAUAUUUUUGGUGAAGGGGAUAUUAUGUAGAGUUGAAACAUUAGUAGCUAUUUGUGGUAGGAUUCCAGACUUGCUUCCUUAUUGUUUUUUAAGCUAUUUAACUUGUUAUUUUAGCUUUUAUGAACAAGGCUUGAAUUUCUG